AUGUCCUGCUACAACCAGUGCCAGCCCUGCCAGCCCUGUGGCCCGACCCCACUGGCCAACAGCUGCAAUGAGCCCUGUGUCAGGCAGUGCCAGAACUCCACUGUCGUCAUCCAGCCCUCCCCUGUGGUGGUGACCCUGCCCGGCCCCAUCCUCAGCUCCUUCCCGCAGAACACCGUUGUGGGCUCCUCCACCUCCGCUGCUGUUGGCAGCAUCCUCAGCUGUGAUGGAGUGCCCAUCACCUCUGGGUGCUGUGACCUCUACUGCAUUUCCAGCCGCUACUGUGGCAGCAGAUGCUGCCCUUGCUAA